GAGCGCGCUGUGGUACGCGCAUGCCUAACCUCAAGGGGUCAGCGACGGCAGCCGGGAGGCGGAAGUGAAGGUUGUUGUUGCUCCGGGGGUUGCCCACGGAGCUGCUGGUGCUGCUGCUGAGGUGGCGGCAGAGGCUCUGAGCCGUGGCGGCGCUUCCCGCACCCGGCCGCUCGGCCUCUCGGCUCAUCUCCCAGCCUCGCCUGAGCCCGCCGGGGCCCGCGCCGGCCAGCGCCUGCCCUAUGAGUGUGUCACUGGUUGUCAUUCGCCUGGAGCUCGCAGAACACUCGCCGGUCCCCGCCGGCUUCAGCUUCAGCGCCGCGGUGGGGGAAAUGUCUGAUGAGGAGAUCAAAAAGAAGACACUAGCUUCAGCUGUAGCCUGUUUAGAAGGAAAGUCACCAGGAGAGAAAGCAGCACUCAUACAUCAGCAUCUUGGCCGUCGAGAAAUGACAGAUAUGAUUAUUGAGACCAUGAAGUCCAACCCAGAUGAGCUGGAAGCUACAGAGGAAGAAAGGAAGUCUUCAGAAGCAUCCCCUACUGCACAGAGAAGUAAAGAUCAAAGUAAAGAAUGUGUAAACGGUGCUCCCGAUUCUCCAUCCAAACAGCUUCCAGACCAGAUUUCCUUCUUCAGUGGAAACCCUUCAGUUGAAAUAGUUCAUGGUAUUAUGCAUCUAUAUAAGACAAAUAAGAUGACCUCCUUAAAAGAAGAUGUGAGGCGCAGUGCCAUGCUGUGUAUUCUCACAGUCCCUGCUACAAUGACCAGUCAUGACCUUAUGAAGUUUGUCGCCCCAUUUAAUGAAGUAAUUGAACAAAUGAAAAUCAUCAGAGACUCUACUCCAAAUCAAUAUAUGGUGCUGAUAAAGUUUAGUGCACAGGCUGAUGCAGAUAGUUUUUAUAUGGCUUGUAACGGCCGCCAGUUCAACUCAAUAGAAGAUGAUGUCUGCCAGUUGGUCUAUGUGGAGAGGGCUGAAGUACUGAAAUCUGAAGAUGGUGCCAGCCUCCCCGUGAUGGACCUGACCGAGCUCCCCAAGUGCACGGUGUGUCUGGAGCGCAUGGACGAGUCCGUGAAUGGCAUCCUCACCACCUUAUGUAACCACAGCUUCCACAGCCAGUGUCUACAGCGCUGGGACGACACGACGUGCCCUGUUUGCCGAUAUUGUCAGACACCAGAGCCAGUAGAAGAAAACAAGUGUUUUGAGUGUGGUGUUCAGGAAAACCUUUGGAUUUGUUUAAUAUGUGGGCACAUAGGAUGUGGACGAUACGUAAGCCGACAUGCUUAUAAGCACUUUGAGGAGACCCAGCACACAUAUGCCAUGCAGCUCACCAACCAUCGAGUCUGGGACUAUGCCGGAGAUAAUUAUGUCCAUCGACUCGUUGCAAGUAAAACAGAUGGAAAAAUAGUACAGUAUGAAUGUGAGGGUGACACUUGCCAGGAGGAGAAAAUAGAUGCCUUACAGUUAGAGUAUUCCUAUUUACUAACAAGCCAGCUGGAAUCUCAACGAAUCUACUGGGAAAACAAGAUAGUUCGGAUAGAGAAGGACACAGCAGAGGAGAUUAACAACAUGAAGACCAAAUUUAAAGAAACAAUUGAGAAAUGUGAUAAUCUGGAGCACAGACUAAAUGAUCUCCUGAAAGAAAAGCAGUCUGUGGAAAGAAAGUGCACUCAGCUAAACACGAAAGUGGCCAAACUCACUACGGAGCUCAAAGAGGAGCAGGAAAUGAACAAGUGUCUACGAGCCAAUCAAGUCCUCCUACAGAACAAGCUGAAGGAGGAGGAGAGGGUGUUGAAAGAGACCUGCGACCAGAAGGAUAUGCAGAUUACCGAGAUCCGGGAGCAGCUGCGGGACGUCAUGUUCUACCUGGAGACACAGCAAAAGAUCAGCCAUCUGCCUGCUGAGGCACGGCAGGAAAUUCAGGAGGGACAGAUCAACAUCCCCAUGGCCUCAGCCUCGAGCCCCUCCUCUUCGGGGGGCAGUGGGAAGCUGUCGUCCAGGAAGGGCCGCAGCAAGAGGGGCAAGUGACCUUCAGAGAAACAGAUGUCCCUGAGACUGUCUUCCCUGGCACCUCAAGGCUGUGCCAGGGCCUUCAGCUCAACAUGAGGGUAGACCCUAAAUAAGUACAAGCGAGGAUCAAGCCGCAGUCGUAUGGUUCUUUCAUUUGCUAGUGUGUGGUGUCACAGGGUAGAGGGUUGACGAGGAGAGCUGAGGGAAACAGCGGUGUUAUAAAAGGUGGCUGCUUUUUUCAACUGUAAUAAUUCACUAACCUCGGACGUUCUAAUGACCAUUUUGCCUUCCUACUUGGAUAGAUGCCCCAACUCUGCUAUGCGUUUUUCCGUUGUAUUUAUUGAGUUGGUGUAUUUGACAUUCAGUUCUGGGGUCAGUUUUUGUGUUUUGUUUAGUUUGGUUUGGUCCCCUCAAAGGUAAUGUUACCUUAGCCCUAAAGCAGCAGACCUCCCUGAGGUCAGGGCAGCUGCUUGAGAGAUUCCCACUGGCCACUGAGUUUUUAUGAAAAUCCCCUAACAUUACUCUCACCUGACUGUCAUUACCUGCUUCUGGGGAACUGAAGAAUUGGUCAAAUGUUCCAUCAGAAGAGGUUGGGUCUAUAAACCUGGCAUUGGCUUGUCACUAGCAGCCAUCUCCUCUUGCUCCGGGGCUGGCCAGGAAAAAGCAGCCCCGGGCAGGCUGAGUGGACCCAGUGUAGGAAAAAUGGUGAUGUUUCUACUUUGUUUAUUUUUGAUGCCUCCACACCUCAUUAUGAACCUCAAAGAAGGAAGCUCAAUGUUUGCGCCAAGGCUCAGAUCUCAGAGUGGAUUUUCAUAACAUGCAUCAAGGAUAAGCAGCCGGAUUGAUUUAUCGUCCAUGUGGAAAGGUAGAGUGAGGCCUCUGACUGGCUGACUAUAUUUUGCUGGGAUCAGUAUUUUCUGAUUGUUUACAAAAGACGGGACUGCACGUUCGGUUUGCGGCUAGAGAGAGCUUGGGCAGGUUUUCAAUUAUGCUUUCAAGAUAUAACCAAAGGCUGCUGCUAAAUUCGAAAAUUAGAAUUUUAACAGAGGCCCCUUUAGAACAGUCGUGUAAUGCUGGUUUGUGAGCCAACAGAGGGGCUAUGUACUUUUUCUAGAAACAGAAAUGUCAGGAAAAAAUUGUAAUAUGCAGUAAUUAAGCCAAAUUAAAGAAGAUGCGUGUUGGAAUUUCGCUUCCAAAAGAGGUAGCUGGAUAGGGUAACAAGGUAACAAGGCAUACUGUUAAAUGAUGGGUUUCAUUUUCUGUGUUUAUAAUUAGCCAAAGUUUUCAAAUUAUUACACUUAAGAACUGGUUCUUAAUCUGUGAUCAGGCCUCAUCCUCUUUGACCUAAAUGUCUUACGUGUUACUUGUACGCACACCAACCAUCCAUUUUUGCGGGAUGUGCGGCAGCAUUUCCCAAAGAACCUGACAUGUAACUUUGCAUCAUGAAUGUACUCAGACAUUCUCAAUUUUUACUUAGGGCAGACCAACUCCAUAAGUCCCCCUUGGACUUAUGUAUACAGAUAUCGUAAAGCAAGAGUGGGAAUGGGAAGCUAACCUAAUUCUCUUCCUAUAGAGAUUCUAUUUUAUUUAAAAUCUAUUUUUACACUAGUUAGACUCCUGCUUUUUUGGCCAAGUACUUGUCUUGCAUGUCUGACCUUGUGGAAGCUGGAGUGGGUCGUAGCAUAUUAAUUAAGAGAAUUAGUAGUAGUUUACAAAGCUUGCUUCCUCCUCGUUUCUCUAUGACCACCUCUGUCAAGCAGCCCUACCACCAGCUAAGAGAAGAGAUUUUCAGCAUAAAAUCUGAAAGGUAGCAUAAAUGCUCUUGAAAGGCUGUGCCCAGAGGAAUGAGCAGAUAGGCAGAUGUUUCCAAACUACUUCAAGGUUUAAAAGAAAUGUUCCAGAAAAAAAUCUUGUCAAGAUAUGUAAAAAAAAAAUUUUUUAAUGGUCAAAAGUCAUGUUUGAAUUUGACAAAAUUGCAUAAGAUAGAAACUGUUAGUGUUUUCUGCAGGAUGAAAAUGAACCACUUAACAUAUCCAUACUACCUUGAACAAUGAAGCUGCAUUAAAAUAGCCAAACUUUGAGAUGA